CAGAAUACGAAUAUGGGGAUAAUGGAGUGUUCUGUCCAAUCAGUAUGUCAGUAGCCAAGUGGAAAGUGUAAGGUUAUUGUUUGGUAACUGUGUAACAUUUGACAGGUUUCUUUUGUCUUUGAUUCAUUAAAAGUUUAGCUUGUUAGGCUUUUAGCAGUUGAAAUAAAUUUAGGUUGUUUUAUUGAAACGCAAGAGCUCAGUUUGAGAAUUCUAAAUAACAUUUUCGUGAACUUCACGAAAUGACUCACGCGAGAUAUCGUUGUUAAUUGUUUUUAUUCCACAUUUGUGAUGCGUCAAAAUAAAAAGUAAAUAACAGUUAGUAUCUCGAUUAAUUGAUUACAAACCGAAUAUAUGCGAUAAUAAAAAAUGGCAGCGAAAACAUGGAAGUAUGUUCUAGUCUUUAUUAUUAUAAAUUCAGUGGCUGCUGAAAGAAUAAAGGAUAUGAUUUACAUGCCUUUGGAGGGUGUAGCUGCUUGCUUCAGAAGACACAAUGGCACGCAUCAGUUUGGAUGUUCCUCUAAUAGAUUGGGAAGCGUAGGUGUUGUGCAUCUGAUCGAUGCAGAUGAAGAUAUUACUUGGAUAGAAAGAAACGCCACAGCUGGUCCAUACACUGUAGUCCUUCCGUUUAAAAUGUUUACUAAGGAGAGACUUGUCAGGCUCCGAAAUACAAAUAAUAUAAAUGGAGUGUUGUUAACCAGAAAUAUCAGCUAUACUGUAUCGAAUUAUUCGCCCGAUGACGCAUGUCCGAAUCGAUAUUCUGGUUAUAAGAAAUGUAACGACGCACAUCCGUGGAAUCCUUUUGGAUCCGCAUUACUCAUGGAGGAUUGGCCAUUCCCUAUGUUUUACACAGAGAAUCAGACAGUCUUGGAAGUUGUGCGGUCUUGUUUUCGGGAACAUAACGCUCAUGAUCUAGAAACGCAGUAUCAAAGGUCUCUCUGCGCUAUAGAAAUGAAAUCGUUCAUGUUUGCCGCUGUCAACUCGGAAUCUUGUAUAAGACGUACUGAUAUAUCGUUAAACUUUAAUCCAACACAAUUUUGCGAUCCACUUGGAGACAGAAAUAUACAUUGGCCUUUAGCGCCUCUCGACGAGAGUAAUAAUACUGUGAUAAUGGUAACGGCACGAUUAGAUGCGUCGUCAUUAUUCGAUGACUUAUCACCCGGCGCGGGUAAUGUCGUAACAGGACUGGUUACAUUUCUCGCCACUGCAUAUUACUUGAAUCUCUUGAACGCCACAGUCGAUAAGACAAAUGUUGUAUUUUCAUUGCUGAACGGGGAGGCAUUUGAUUACAUAGGAUCUAGUCGUAUGGUAUAUGAUUUGAAGCAGAACAACUUUAACGCUCUCGGCGGAGUCAACUUGAAAUUGGACGAUAUCAAGAGCAUAAUCGAAUUCGGUCAGUUGAGUAAAGGAGAGACAUUCCUUCACAGCAACGGCAAAGACGAUAUGAUAAAUCGCUUGCAGAAGGCACUCAACGCAACCUCUAUUAAAAACAGCGUUCCACCCACGUCUGUGCAGAGUUUCCUGGAAGCAAAACCGAAUCUAACGACCGUUGUUAUAAGCAAUCACGGAGAGCAAUUUGUGAAUCGUUACUACAACGGUAUCUUGGACGAUGCAGAAAGUCUUAAUUAUAACAGAAACGACAGCACGCUUCCAUCGCAUUUAGCGAAAAUCGCUAUUCAGGUUGCUAAUGAGCUUUACCAGACAGUGACGGGUGAGCUGGCACCGCGAACCGCCGCCGCCGCCGACCUAUCGACAUCGGUGGAAGAUCUUAUCGCGGAAAUGCUGUAUUGUUAUUUGGAAACUGCCAAGUGCGAUCUGUUUUACGCUGCUUCAACACCCGGCACUAAAUUGAUCAAUCAGGUUUUGUCGAUGUACGUCGGUGUGUACAGAGCACCUAAUUUAGCGACAACUUUAACGGGCCAGCUUUUAGUCUACCUGACCGGCGAGAAACUUUCGGAAAUGAACGAAACAACAUGCCAUGCAAAUCGCCUGAGUUGGUUGGGCGGAAACAAUUUUACGGGAUUAUGCAUAAAUUCAACAGUUAAUUAUAGCACGGCUGUGAGUCCGGCGUUUAUCAUCGAAGGAUACAAUAUGAAAUCAGGUGUCUAUUCGACCUGGACGGAAUCCACAUGGCAAACGUUAAAAGUUAGAAUGUUUCUCAAACCCUCAGCAGCAACAGAACGCCUCAGUAUAAUUCUGGGCAGUUUAGUCGCCACCAGUUCAUUCGCGUUAGUGUGGUUCAUCAAUAAUCGAGCUGAUGUCUUAUUCAAUUCGAGGAGAACUGUCGAUUGCUAGGGAUACGACGCGGACCACAUAUAUAUGAUCAGGUUAGAUCAUCGAGAAGAUCAAGAUGUCCCAAUAACUAGCCUUUAAUUGUAUGUGUGGUGCGCCCUCGGACGAUUUUUUUCUAAUUCAACAUUGAAAAUAUUCAAAUAGGCCACGUUAUUACCAUUGUUACGAUUAUCUUAUUUAUCGUCAUCGUUUUACAUGUAUCGCGUUCGAUUCGGAUAAAUGAGUGAUAAAUCAGUGAUGCGUCUUUAAUAUUUUAAUGUAAAUUAUGAAUUUGUAAGGAAAUUCUUCCUCUUCUGCACUCUUUUUUUUCUUGGUAUAUAAUAUUGUUUCAUUUCGAUUGUGAACUAAAUAACUAAUAAAUAUCUAAGUAAUUUAUAAAAAUUAUAUAUAAGAUGAUUAGAUGACAGAAGCGAGAAGUUCUAAAGAUGUAACAGCUUUGCGAGCACACGCGUGUGUAUGUACGUAUAUAUAUAUAUAAAAAAUCAAUUUUUUAAAAGAUAAUAUAAAGUGUACAAUAUUUAUUCACUUAAUUUGGCAUAAGAGAUAAAGGUUUCAAGUUGCAUUUUUUCUUCAUAAUUUUUACUUUGUAUAUGACAACGUAAUGUUCUUCAUUAAAACCGUGAAAUGAAAUAUAAUGCAGAUAUGUAUAUGAUAAAUAAAUAUAUCAACAGUAUUAGUAAAUGUAAUAAAUCUUAUAUACAGUUGCGGUACGAAUAAAAAAGAAAUAAUGCAAGCGUGAUGGCGUUUAUUAUCGAUAAACAACUUAUUUAACAGGGCUUUGAUGUACACGGGAAAGAAGUAUUUAAUUUGUAUAUCUAUGCUUUUCUUUUUAGUAUGCAUGUAAGUAUAUAAUAUGUUUCAUUUACGACUUAAAAUUUGGACAAAGCUAGAAAUGGGCCAUCGGUUUUCUACGGGGAAAACGAUUGAGCUUGAUUCGAGAAAAAUGUACAUUAGAAGACGUAAUUAUGAAAUCAAUCUGCAUCUCGUCACACGAUUGUGCUUUACAAAUAUUGUUGCGUUCUAUGAAAAUCAGAAUAAAAGUGAAUUAUUCAUAA